AUGUCUACACAAAACAAAGAUUUAUAUGUUAUCAUUGAUUUGGGUACCACAUUUUCAAGUUUGAGUUACUCUGACAAUAAUACCCAACGUGUUACUAUGCUUGAUUUUGGUAUUGGUAGAAUAGUAUCGGCUUUGACAGUCAAUUUUACUCAGACCCCGAUAGGCGUAUCUGUGGAAAAUACAAACGUCAUUGGUCAAUACAAGAUGUUCAUUGAAGUAUCUGCUUUUGUUCUUUCAAAUUUAAAGAAACAACUCAUCCAUAAAACGGGAGUCAAAGAAAUUAAUAUUCGUGCCGUGUUGUGCUGCCCCGUUUCGUUUAAUGACGCACAAAAGGAAGCUACUUCAAGGGCUGCUCAAUACGCUGGAAUCGAUGUCGUCAAAUUAAUCCUGGAACCAACUGCUGCAUUUUAUUUCUAUGGCAUUCGAAACCACGGAUUUAACAUUGAAAAUGAUGUCACCAAAAAAGACACAAAAGUGCCUUUUCGAUACCCUAAAAUGCCAACUGAAAUUAAUGAAGGAAUAUUCUUGACCUUCGACUUUGGAAGAGGAACUUUGGAAACAACCGUCGCUCAACUUAAAAAUUCAAAUAUUACGUUUUUGGCGGUGAACGGGGAUCCGAAACUUGGAGGUAUUGACAUCGACUUAAAAUUGACAAAAUAUCAAAAUGAGGUGGAAAAAAGAAGAUGA